GUGACCAAAGACUCGGAACAAUUUCUCUCUCCUCUACAGCUUUCAUAAUAAUUAAUAAAUAACACCUCCGUUCUAUCUCUGACAUUUAUUACAAUCAUUCCUUCAUUUUGUAUACUGAGAAUUCAGAGAAAAAGAAAGAGAGAAAUAAAUGCCGUUGGUAAGGUUCGAGUUGAGGAACGAGUAUGGCCUCGGGCAACCGGACAUUUACAGGCAAGUCGACCGAGAAGAUCCUAAGGCCGUGCUCGAUGCUGCCGCCGUUGCUGGCCUCGUCGGGAUCUUGCGCCAGCUCGGCGAUCUUUCUGAGUUUGCAGCAGAGGUAUUUCAUGGCUUGCAGGAGCAAAUGAUGACUAUAGUGUCUAGAAGCCAUAAACUGAAGGCCCGUGUACAGCGCAUUGAAGCUGCACUUCCUCCCAUUGAGAAGGCUGUUCUUGGCCAGACAAGCCACAUACAUUUUGCUUAUACUGCCGGUUCUGAAUGGCAUCCUCGUAUUCGAAAUGGACAAAAUCACUUCAUCUACAAUGACUUGCCACAAUUUAUUAUGGACUCCUAUGAAGCAUGUCGCAAUCCUCCACGUUUGCACUUGCUUGACAAGUUUGAUACUGGUGGUCCGGGAUCUUGCUUAAAGAGAUAUUCAGAUCCAACUUUCUUUAAGAAAGCAUCAGCUACCUCUGAUGAAGUGACUACUGAAAGAAUCCGAAUCAAUAAAAAUGCUCAUAGAAGCAAGAAGAAAAGGUCAUCACAGUGGAAUCGAAAAGGACAGCGUGGUGCAUCAAGAUCCAAUAGCUGUAGCAGAUUGCAGUUUGCUUCUCUUCCUGUUAAUGGUCAAACUUCCAUGCAAACUGCCUCAGCUGUAGAUGUGGCUUCAAAUUCUAAACUAGGAGACCAUUCAAAUUCUUUUGAUUCAAGAAAUGGUCCGCAGUUUACUUCUUAUAUUGUUGAUGACCAGGCCUCACCUCAAACAGCAUCUGCAGUUGACAUGACACUGAAACCUGACACUGGAGACCAUUCAAAUUCUUUUGAUUCAAGAAAUGGUCCGCAGUUUACUUCUCAUAUUGUUGAUAACCAGGCCUCACCUCAAACAGCAUCUGCAGUUGACAUGACACUGAAACCUGACACUGGAGACCAUUCAAAUUCUUUUGAUUCAAGAAAUGGUCCGCAGUUUACUUCUCAUAUUGUUGAUGACCAGGCCUCACCUCAAACAGCAUCUGCAGUUGACAUGACACUGAAACCUGACACUGGAGACCAUUCAAAUUCUUUUGAUUCAAGAACGGGCUCAGGAGAUAUCGAAUGUGUUUUCCAUCUGAUUUCCAUGCAACCUGAACAGCAGGAAUCACUCUCUUCUAGGUUGAUGCAGCGUAAUGAUACUCUUGAUUCAGUUUUUCCUGACGAGCAGACCAAGGCUGUCGAUGAUAACAUUCCAGGCAGUUCCUUACUAGAAAAAAUUGCUUCCAGUUCUUCUUGUGUUACCUGGGAUGAAAAGGCAGAGAUAGUGGAGCCCAACAGUCAGCAAAGUGAUAGAGAGGAAGCUCCAGAGAUGCCCUCGACAAAGUCUGAUGUAGAUACACAUGGGGAGAGAGCUGUUAACUUUACAAAUAUUGAUCAAAUGCAUAGCCUGCUUGAUUGUAAAAACAGUCUUGAGUUUAUCUCCAACGGUAUUCAGAUCAACAGCAUUGAAAGUGAGCCAGUUUUUCCUGAUGAGCAAACCAAGGCUAUGGAUGAUAACUUCUCAGGCAGUUCAUUACUAGAGAAAAUUGCCUACAGUUCUUCUUGUGUUACCUGGGAUGAAAAGGCAGAGAUAAUGGAGCCAAAUGGUCAGCAAAGUGACAGAGAGGAAGCUCCAGAGAUGCUCUUGACAAAGUCUGAUUUAGAUACACACGGAGAGAGAGCUGUUAACCUUGCAAAUGGUGGUCAAAUAGAUAGUCUGCUUGAUUGUGAAAACAGUCUUGAGUUGAUCUUCAACGGUAAUCAGAUCAAUGACAUUGAAAGUGAACCAGACAACUACAUGGAUGCACUCAAUGCCAUUGGAUCGGAAUCUGAGAAUGAUCUUGACUAUCAAACAAAAAGAAAAGUGGAGCGGUAUGCCUCCAACACCAAUGAUGAAGGAAUAAAUGAAAUCCAUGAGCUUCCUGCAAAUAGCUCAGACCAUAACCAUCCAGAGUUGGAAUCUGAUAUUGCAUCCUGCAGUUUCUCAAAUGAAGAAGUGCCAUCAUAUAUACCAAACUCACUUUCCCCGGAGAGAGUUGUACAAGAACAGAUGCCUCUGAUCACUAAGAUGCCUUCUAAUUUAGAAUUUUCAGUAGACGAUGAUUUCAGUGGAGGUGCUGAUGCUCACAAUGGUUCCAAAUUGGAAUCUGUUGUUACUGGUCCAUCCUCUGCCCCCAAAACUUCUGAUUUCGGGGAUCUAUCGAUGGAUAAGAUGUUUAGCAGUUUUUACAAGUCUGAUGAAACUCCUGCUGACUUUUCUGGUGUUCGUUCAAUUUCGUUCUGGACUAAUGGUGGUCUUCUUGGACUUGAGCCAUCAAAACCUCCUGCUUAUGGCAUGUCAAAUGCUGUGGGUCAGGAUUUGGUAAACGGAAGUAAAGACGACACAGUUUUCCCUUCAAAACAUGGGUUUAUGCUAAAAGGUGAUGAACUUGAAGGUAAACUAGAUAAGUUGGACAAGAAAGAUGGAGGCAUUGAAAAGGAUCCAAGUUGUGUUUGCUCUACAUCAUGCCAAGAUGACCAGGAAGAUAGUAUGUCAAAAACGAAGACAUUUGGGCGAUUUUCACCAGCUGAUUCAGAUGCCAAAUGUGAAAAUUUCAGUGUAAUGGCACCUAAAACUGUAGUGCCAGUCUCACCACAUAUCAAAUCCAUAUCUGCCGAAUCCAAUCAAGAGAAUGAUGAAAACUCAUCUCUAGUGUUUGGACUCAGCCAAAGGUUACUAGCAACUGGUUUAUACAAAAAAGUUUCACAUGUCCAUGAUGACAAUCUUGAACCUGCUAGUUCUAUGAAUGCUAGUGGUUUGGAGCAAUUCAGUGGGCAACGUAGAGUUGUGAAUCAAACAAUUCCUGAGAAAAAACUUGAAGAGCGGUGUGGACAUGGCUCUCCUGUAGAUUCACUUACUUCUUCACCACCACUAGAACAUAUGAAAAUAUCUUUCCAUCCUCUAAAUGGCUCUGAGGCUUCCAAACUGAAACUGAAUUUUCCUGAUGCGAAUCAAUGCUUUGAAGGCAUAAGAGACAUGUUUCCAUCAUUUCAGUUGGUCCCUGAGGCUGGUAUUCCUAUGAAUGAUUUUGGUUUUGAGUCUGACGAUGACACAUUUUGUAGAUCAUCUCCUUAUAUGUCCGAUGAUUGCCACAGCCAUUACUCUGCAUCAAAUUCUGAGCAGUGGGAAUCUGGUGAAACUCCUAAAAGCAAGGAUCCCGAACCCCAUGAUGCCUUAUGUGGAAUCUCAUCAGCGGAAUCUAUAUCAACUUAUCAGGAGUUUGGGAGAACGAUCAACAAUGGCAUCCACAUUGAUUGUGGAAUUAGAAUUGCAGAUACUGGGAACGGUGUGGAACCUUCUUUGUCUGGUUCUCUGCUUGAUCUUCCCAACUUUGAUACUGUGAACCCUGUACUUCAGCAAGUGACAAAUGAAGAUUCUAAUCUCCUCAAGUUGGAAUGUUCUGGACGGCUUGUACCACAACCGCCACCUCUCCCUCCAGUACAGUGGAGGGUAUCAAAACCUAAUUUUUAUGUGAUAGAAUACAAACAAGAUGAUGUCCCUGACGCCCUAAUGCAUGCAUCUGAUCUGAAACAUUUUGGAUCCGCAAUGUCUCAGCAACCAAAGCCAACCCCAGAGAAGCAACAACGAACUAAUGAGGAGGCUGCUGCAAUAGUACAGAUGGGCAAGCAGCAGGACCAGCAGAAGUUGAAUGAGCAGAAAGAAGCGAAUCGAACUAUGAAUGACAAGGAGAUGGACGAAAGGGAAAAUUUCCUACAACAAAUCAGAUCAAAAUCAUUUUGCCUGAGGCGCACAAUGACAACCAAGCCAACUGAUACACCAGGACCUGCUACAGAUUUCAAAGUCACUGCCAUUUUGGAGAAAGCUAAUGCCAUUCGCCAGGCUAUUGGGAGUGAUCAUGGGGAUGAUGAUGAUACCUGGAGUGAUGCUUGAUUUAUUCCUUUCGGUUGGUUCCAUGAUAAGAAAAUCUCCUAUAGCUUUGAGUACAGUUGUGAGGGGUAGCAUUACUUUACAUGUGAAUAAUCUUUUCUUUAUUUUUUUCUGUAACUAUUUGUAGGGGUUCCUUGUAUCAUAUUGUGAUCAAUUUUUUGAUUCCUUGGUAAAUGUAUGUUGUAAGCAAUUAGAUAAACACUUGAGCUUGAGCUUGAGGACAAUGUAAUCUGCAUAUUUGAGGCAGCAAUGUAUCCGUGAUGCCCGAAAAAUGUGAUGGUUAUGUUCA